AUGCGAUUCUCAAGGAUUACGAAAGAUAAAGGUUUUGGUGCUCGACACCGUGACAUCCUCGCCUGUGCCAUUGGUGUGGCCUUUGCUUGUAACUCGGCUUUGGGUGAAUUGGGAUUUGAUGUUGAAGAUCUGUUUCAUGACUGGACAUAUGAGCCCCCCAAUCUGGACGACAUCUGGCGGCAACCCACCAGUCCGGCUCCCGAAGUCCAGCUUACCAGCCCUUGGAACGCUCAACAUACACCGACAUGGACCCCGCAACACAUCGAGCCACCAAGAGCUGCAGGCUCGGAGGCUAGAAAACGAGACUUCGAACUUGGCCCAAGUACUUUCAAUCCUAGUGCAGCCUCUCUUCCCCUCACGCCCCACAAUGAACACCGUGCGGGGCUCGGUUCAAAUCAAUCCGACCAGCGACCAGCCGGGAGUCUUAUGAAUUUUCCCGACAUUUUGCAAAAUUUUCACUUUUCGCGACUGGACGGACCUUUUACAGACUCUGUAUCAGUUAAUCCAACUUGGAACCCUAGUACGCACGGUACUCUAUCACAGGUUCACAUCAAUCAAGAGCCAACCAUUCCUACUUGGCAAUAUUCGCAAGCCGCUGCUGCCGAUGCUCAAAAUCAUGAAUUAGACUUGUGGCAUCUUCCCUGGUCCCCAGCUCCAGAGUUUUCUCCUCAGCUACCAGCAAGUAAGAGGCCUAAGACACAGCGAAAGCCAUCUUCAAUCAAUAUCGCAACAGAGAAUUCUUUCGAAAAAAAGCAUCGGGAGGCGCACCACAAUCUGGAAGCUCCAACCGAUCAAAACGCAAACCAACUUCCGGCCACGUUGAAUGGCGCAGAUGUAGUGAUUAAAAAACCAGUGCGUACUAAAUCAAGGAGGACUCGAAUUAACGCGCUCCCGGAAACACCUCAAAUUAAUCUGGAUCCGACGUUUCCUGCAAGUACCGCCAGUGCUCUUUGGAGCUCUAGCACAAAUACAUCCCCGGAAAAAACGAGUCAGCUGACAGGACCGGAUGCUCUAAAAUUUGAAAGGCUGGUGUUCAAGGAAGAGACGUUUAAAUAUACAGGCCUCUGGCCGGAUCAUUAUAUGCAUAGAGACAAAAUAAAACGCUUGAAUCGGGCGGUAAGAUACUUUCCAGAGUAUGACGGGCUAUUCAUGCACAAGGAUCGACCCAAAGAAAACGCCUCACUCAUCGAGAAAUUUACACAUCGUGAGAGCGCCCCCGCAACUGAGCCUCAGGACUAUGUUCCACUAUCACAGGCUAAAAGAGAAACCGCUAGGCAAAAUUUCUGGAGCAAUUCGAGUAGAACAAUGCUCCCUUUGAAUUAUCUCUGGCUACGAUUCUGGGAAAACAGGAGCGGAAUGAACUUACACAUGGACUUUCGAACACUGGAAAGAGAUCUGCACCCAAACCCCAACGAUUUUUUCAUCUUAUUCCUAUUUUAUGUCGACAUGAUUCAUACGAUAACUGAGAGAGACAGAGAUCCAGCUACGGAAAGAGAAUUUUUCCAGCACGCAGUGAAUGCCUUUCAAGGAUACAGGAAAUCAGACCAAUUCAAGGAAAAAAUUAAGCAACGCCUCUACAUCUUCAAAGAUGUCAAUGAGGAGGGUCAAACAGAGCAAUUUAGCACAAAUGAGUUUGGUAAAAGGUUUCUUCAAUGA